AAAGCUCUGCGGUUUGAAUCAGAUACGUUUAGUGACUACUAUAUUGACAAACAUAAUGUGUGUGGGUUACAUUCAAUGCUAGGGCAUUAACUGCAGCCAAGAUAUUAGUCAAAACAGAAUUCACACAAAGACAAAAUGCUGCAUUGUUCUUAUUGGUCUCACCCUCUGGGCCUUCUCCCACAUGAGUAGGCAAGGAACUAUUGUCUGUCUGUCAUUCACAUAUGCAUUGUUCUUAUGUGCACAAAUUUUGUGAGAAAAACACCAGUGAUGAAUAAACCAACCUAGCAACAAUUCAAAGCUUAUGGAGCCACAUCAAAUUCUGCAUAAUCAAAACACUGCCUCACCCAAUGAAUAGCCUUCACAUAUAAGACACUCAAAUAAUCAUCAUUCAAUAAAAAACUACAAAUCAAGAAUGAGGGAGAAUUUUAUUCUUCCCUUAGUCUUUGCUGCUCUAUUUGUCGUGUCAACCAAUGCUCAAUUCCCACACCACCAGUAUUACCCAUGGUUCCAGUGGUUUUACAUGCAUCCUCAGCCAGUGCAACCACCAGCCCCCAUACCUCCUACUCCAACUGCUUGUACGAUCGAUCACAGCACUACAAGGUGCUUGGAAGGAGAAUUCUUUAACAAAACAAGUUGCAAGUGUGAGUUUGAUCACAAAAACACGACAACAGCUCCGCCAUCAACAAAUACUACAUGCAUAGAAACACCUUGUUUACCAGGGCAGGCAUUUCACAAAGAAACAUGCAAAUGUCUCUGCAUAUUGAUAAGGUUGUGUCCUGGCAAUGCUGUCUUUGAUGACACCACAUGUAGAUGCAAGUGUAAUGCUGUUAGUCUCUGUAAUCAAGGGUAUUACUUUGACCCUUAUAUGUGUGGCUGCAUGGCUAGAUUCUUCCGUCCUUUCCUCCCCAGGCCUAUUCCUCAAAGGCCUAUUCCUCAAAGGCCUAUUCCUCAAAGGCCUAUUCCUCAAAGGCCUAUUCCUCAAAGACCUAUUCCUCAAAGGCCUAUUCCUCAAAGGCCUAUUCCUUUAAGACCAACUCUGCCAAUACCCAAUCCUAUCAUACCACAGCAGAGAUGUCCACCUCAGGCCAGUGCAUUUUGCAGAAACUUUGAGCAGUUCAAUCCUCAAACUUGCAAAUGCUACUGCCCUGCUAAUGCAAGGUUUCAGUGUAGAAUCCCAAAGCAAAUAAACACCACUUCAUGCCAAUGUGAUUGUCCAGCGAAAGUGUGUGGCCGGAAUCAUUAUUAUGACAGCAACGAUUGCACCUGCAAAUGUAGGUCUGCUCUGUCUUGUUCAAGCUUACAAACAAUCGACCAAAACACUUGUACUUGCCAGUGUCAGUAUUCCAUAUUACUAAUACAAGUUCCAUAUCAGACUUCAAGAGGUAAAAGACAGGCCUUCACAGGGCGCACAGGAUCUGUUAGGGUCAUAGGAGGUGGACGGACUUUUCCAGCUACAAGAAGACUCAGGGGAGGCACUAGAGGCAGGACAAGAAGCAUAUUCUUUCCACCAGGAUUUGUUCCAGCUCAACCUCCAUCAUUCUUCGGGCCACCAUCAACUAGAGGGACAAGAGGUCGAACAAGGGGAACAAGAAUAAUUACAAAUUUUGGUACAAUACCAUUUAGACCAUCAACUAGAGGGACAAGAGUUAGGACAAGGGGAACAAGAAUAAUUACAAACUUUGGUACAGUACCGUUUCCUUCACCAGGAUUUGCUCCAUCAUUCUUUAGGCCAUCAACUAGAGGAACAAGAGGUAGGACAAGGGGAACAAGAAUAAUUACAAACUUUGGUACAGUACCAUUUCCUUCACCAGGAUUUGCUCCAUCAUUCUUUAGGCCAUCAACUAGAGGUACAAGAGGUAGGACAAGGGGAACAAGAAUAGUAACAAAUUUUGGCACAGUACCAUUCUCUCCAUCAGGAUUCUUUAGACCAUCAACUGGGAGAGGAAGGACAAGGGGAACAAGGAUAAUAACAAGCUUUGGUACAAUACCAUUCUCUCCAUCAGGAUUUGCUCCAGCUCCAUCAGUACCUAGUACAAAUUUUGGAAUACCAUCAUUUACAUUCUUUGGACCAACUAGCACUAGAGGCACCAGAGGAAGAGGAAACAUUAGAAUUAUAACAAAUGGAGGCUUCGUACCAGCACCAUCCUUCUUUGGAAGACGCAAGCGAGACAUUAUUAAAGAAGAGGAAAACAAAUCACAAAAUCAUCAAAAGCGAAUGACGAGGACAAGAUCAAGAAAUAGAAGCAGAAUAGUAAGUCAUAGCACAAUUUCAGUACUAGAGAGACGCAUUGUACCUGGAGGCUGUCCUAAUGGAAUGAGAUCAAAUCCAAACACAUGUGAAUGUUUUUGACUCUGAAUAUAAUAAAUGUAUCAUGCUAAAUACUACAUAAUUAUUAUAACUAAUUAUUGUCAAUGAUAAAUCUAAGUCAA